AUGCUUCUAUUGGAUUAUCAGAACGUUUUGAUCCAAUCCCUCCUCACGGAGCGGUUCUCUGGUGCUCCCCCAGCUUCGAUUGAUCAAGUGGUUUCCGACUUUGACGGCGUGACGUUUCACCUCUCGACCCCUGAAUCCAAGACCAAGAUCCUCGUCUCCAUCCAUGUGAAAUGCUUCAAGGAGCUGGUGCAGUACGGCGCCCAGGCGGUGCUGGAGCGGGAAUACGGCCCCUACAUCGUGUCUCCCGAGCCCGGAUAUGAUUUCUCAGUACAAAUCGAUCUCGAGAAUUUGCCUGCUGAGCAGGAAGCUCGGGAGGAGCUGAUUAUGAAGCUCGCCCUGCUCAAGCGAAACGCGAUGGCAGCUCCGUUCGAGCGGGCAUUUGACGAAUUCGCCGAGCUUGCCGAGGAGGCUUCGAGAUAUACCUCAGAGUCGGCACCGCAAGGUGUGAAGGAAGGUGGCGAGGUUAUGUCGAUCCACUACCGCGAGGAGGAGGCUAUCUACAUCAAGGCUAGCCACGACCGCGUAACGGUGAUCUUCAGCACUGUGUUCCGUGAGGAGACGGAUCGCAUCUUCGGCAAGGUCUUCCUACAGGAAUUCGUCGAUGCCAGACGUCGCGUCGUGACGCUACAGAAUGCGCCUCAAGUACUCUUCCGCAACACUCCCCCGCUUGAGCUGGAAGGCGUCCCCGGUGUGGAGAACGCAAGCGAAGGCGAGAUGAGCUAUGUCACUUUCGUUCUAUUCCCUCGACACUUGACCCCCCAGCGCCGCUAUGAUAGCAUCUCCCACAUCCAGACUUUCCGUGACUACUUCCACUACCAUAUCAAGGCAUCGAAGGCAUACAUCCACACCCGUAUGCGCAAGAGGACAGCAGACUUCCUCCAAGUCCUCAACCGAGCCAGACCCGAGAACGAAGAGCGCGAGCGCAAGACAGCGAGUGGCCGGACCUUCCGUGUGCAAAGCUAG